ACUUUAUUUUCCCCGCGAAACUCUUCAUCCGUGCGGCUUGGUGACCGUCGGUUGUUGUCCGCUUCGGAAAAGAAAAACCCUUCUUCUUCCUCGGCUUUCAAAGAUCUACCUGCAGCAUGUCUGGCUUUGACGACCCCGGAGUUUAUUACAGCGACAGUUUCGGAGGAGGAGAAGCUCCCGGCGGAGAUGAAGGAGGACAGAAACGGAUCCAGAUUAAGAAGAGAUUCCGCGAGUUUCUGCGCCAGUUCCGAGUGGGAACCGACCGCACCGGUUUUACAUAUAAAUACAGAGAUGAGCUGAAGCGGCAUUACACUUUGGGGGAGUACUGGGUGGAGGUGGAGGUAGAGGACCUCGCCAGCUUCGAUGAAGAUUUGUCUGACUGCCUUUACAAGCAGCCCAAUGAAAACCUGCCCUUGUUGGAGGAAGCUGCUAAGGAGGUAGCGGACGAGGUAACCCGUCCCCGGCCUGUUGGCGAGGAGACUGUCCAGGACAUCCAGGUCAUGUUAAAGAGCGACGCGCAUCAUGCAUCCAUUCGCAGCCUCAAGUCGGAGCAGGUGUCUCGUCUGGUGAAGGUUCACGGCAUCAUCAUCUCGGCCACAGCGGUCAAAGCGAAAGCCACCAAGGUGUGUCUGCAGUGCCGCGGCUGCCGCAACGUCCUCAACAACAUCCCGCUCCCUCCGGGGCUGCAGGGCUACGCUCUGCCGCGCAAGUGUAACAGUGAGAAUGUCGGCAGGCUCAAGUGUCCCGUGGAUCCUUACUUCAUCAUCCCGGACCGCUGCGCUUGCGUUGACUUCCAGACGCUCCGUCUGCAGGAGGCCCCUGACGCUGUGCCCCAUGGAGAGAUGCCCCGCCACCUCCAGCUCUACUGCGACAGGUAUCUGUGCGACCGCGUGGUGCCUGGUAACAGGGUGACCAUCAUGGGGAUCUACUCCAUCAAAAAAGUUGCUGCAACGAAGGGUAGAGCAGGCAAGGAGAAGGGCGUCGGCGUCGGGAUUCGCUCAUCCUAUCUGCGAGUGGUCGGCAUUCAGGUGGACACGGAUGGAGCAGGUCGUGGAGCCACCGGAUCCGUGUCUCCACAGGAGGAGGAGGAGCUCAGAGCGCUCGCUGCCUCUCCUAACGUCUACAACUCUCUGGCGAGCUCCCUGGCUCCCUCCAUCUACGGCAGCGAUGACCUGAAGAAGGCCAUCACCUGCCUGUUGUUUGGCGGCUCCAGGAAGAGGCUGCCUGACGGUCUGACCCGUAGAGGCGACAUCAACCUGCUGAUGCUGGGAGAUCCGGGAACAGCAAAGUCUCAGCUGCUGAAGUUUGUGGAGAGAUGCGCUCCGAUCGGGGUUUACACCUCAGGCAAAGGCAGCAGUGCUGCCGGGUUGACCGCCUCGGUGCUGAGGGACCCGGUCACCCGUGGGUUCAUCAUGGAGGGCGGAGCCAUGGUGCUGGCCGACGGCGGGGUGGUAUGCAUCGACGAGUUUGACAAGAUGAGAGAAGACGACAGAGUGGCGAUCCAUGAGGCCAUGGAACAGCAGACCAUCUCCAUCGCAAAGGCGGGCAUCACCACCACUCUGAACUCGCGCUGCUCGGUGCUCGCCGCCGCCAACUCUGUGUUUGGCCGCUGGGACGACACCAAGGGAGAGGACAACAUCGACUUCAUGCCCACCAUCCUGUCCCGUUUUGACAUGAUCUUCAUCAUCAAGGACCAGCAUGACCACCAGAGGGACAUGACGCUGGCUCGCCACGUCAUGAACGUCCACCUGAGCGCUCAGACGCAGACGGAAGGCGUGGAGGGCGAGAUUUCUCUGGCCACCUUCAAGAAGUACAUCGCCUACGCCAGAACUAAAUGUGGCCCUCGGCUUUCGCCGGCGGCCGCCGAGAAGCUGAAGAAUCGUUACGUGGUGAUGAGGAGUGGCGCCAGAGAGCACGAGAGAGAGACGGACAAGCGGCCCUCCAUCCCCAUCACCGUCAGGCAGCUGGAGGCGAUCAUCCGCGUCGCAGAGUCUCUGGCUAAGAUGAAGCUGCAGCCUGUAGCUGGAGAAGAAGAGGUGGACGAAGCCCUGAGGCUCUUCCAGGUGUCCACUCUGGACGCCGCUCUGUCCGGCAGCCUCUCUGGAGUGGAAGGAUUCACCACACAGGAGGACCAGGAAAUGCUCUCCCGCAUCGAGAAGCAGCUGAAGAGACGUUUCGCCAUCGGCUCCCAGGUUUCCGAGCACAGCAUCGUCCAGGACUUCACCAAGCAGGUCAGCAUGCUUCCAUCCCAUUUAUUCAAGCUUUGGAAUCAGACCAUCGGAGCAUUGCAUUUCACACUGGAAGGAUCUAAGAAAGUCAGACUUCUACUCUAGAAGUACCAAACAACC